GAAUAUCAACUUUAGUGAUAAAAGAUACGAAAAGGGUUCCAUUUCACAGUUGAGAAUUGGGGAAUUUCUGAGUAACCGAUGGCUUCUCUCAUGGCCUCUCAAACCCUCAUCCUCCGAAACCCUAACUUUCUCUCUCCUCACAAACCCACCACUCUCUCUCUUCCUUCACCUCAAAAACACCUCCUCCGUCUAACCCCCUCAAAACCCACAACCCCUCUCUACAGUCUCAGGUCUCCCACUCUCAAAAGAUCUAGGGUUUUCGCAUCCUCAUCUUCCUCCACAAUACCCAACAACCCAUCAAUUGAUUCGUCAAACAACCCGAAUCACUCGCUGCUCACCGAGUCAACUCGCACAAUCUCAACCAUAUUCGCGAUAGGUCUAUCAAUUCUGAGGCUGACCACCUCCAAAAUAUGCAAUUUCACACUCAAAUUGAAGGGGAUUUGCACAACCCCCAGUCCCGACGAGCUCGCCACGAUUCAGACCAUUCAGGAGAGCUUGGUAUGCACAGUUGGGCCACUGUUCUUCGCGGCUCUGAAGGACCGUCCCAGUGGGUACCUGAACACGCCGUUGACGGUGGUGGCCUCCGGCAUGUCGAAGUGGCUCGAUAUAUACAGUGGUGUUUUGAUGGUUAGGGUUUUGCUCAGUUGGUUCCCAAACAUUCCUUGGGAUCGUCAGCCUUUGUCUGCAAUUCGGGACCUGUGUGACCCAUACUUGAAUCUCUUCAGGAAUAUCAUUCCUCCAAUUUUCGAUACUUUGGAUGUUAGUCCGCUUUUGGCUUUCGCUGUGUUGGGUACUCUCGGUUCGAUUCUCAAUAACAGCAGAGGAGGAUAUUGAAGAAGAAUGGGAUUCAUGCUCUUCUUCUUCUGUAGAUAUUCUUUUCAAGGCUAGAACCGUGGAACUAAAGCAAACUGGUCCCUCACAGUUCGGUUAGGUUCAGUUAUAUUGGUUUUCACGGUCUGGUUUGAUUCCAAUUUUUUGUGGAACCGUUGAGACCGGUUUGGUUCCAAAAUAUUUCCAAACCGAUCCAAUUUGAAUCGUCUGCACCUCUAAUCAUUUAUUAAUCCAGAAAUAUGAUUUCGAAUAAGAGAUACUUUGAUAGUUCUUGUUUGAGUUAGUUACAUUUAACCCUCAAGGCCAAGCAAUAACAAGAAGGCCAUGGGAUCUAUUUGUAAUUACGUAGCAUAUGAAUAUGUUGGUUGGUUACGUACCAUAUGAAUAUUUAGGUUUAAUGUUUAUAUUUUUGGCAUUUUAGUUA